AUGUUGGCUCGAGUAGACAUCAAAGAGUCAGUGGCCUACUCGGCGACAGAGCGCACAGAUGGCCCGGACCGUCGCCUGUGGGCGCCAUUCUUCCUGCGCCGCCCGAUCAUGCUCGUCUUUUUGUUCAGUUAUCUAGCAUGCCUAGGUGCGCUCGUUGCGCUGUAUGCAUACACUGAACGCCAAAACCACACCCUGGGAAUCAAAACAGACGGAGACACACUCUACUAUCUCUGGACCUAUGGACCGACCGCAGUGUUUACAAUUCUCACUGCUGGGUGGCUACAAGCUGAAUAUCGCGCGGCACAGUUGAUGCCCUGGAUUCUGAUGCGCCGGGGCCCGACUGCCGCUUCACACAGCAUAUUCCUUGACUAUCUGUCUAAAUGGAAUGUGAUAUCUCUGUUCGAUUCUCUGAAACAAAAACACUUCCUGGUGUCUCUGUGCGUGGCAGGCUCCCUCAUUCUCAAUGGAGUCACGGUGUUUUCCACCGGUGUUUUCGAGUUGGACUCGGUGCUGCUCACCCAGCCGACGAAUAUAACAGUCCUGAAUCAGUUUGGUGCAGCUGGCUAUAGCCCCUUGGAAAAGAAUGCCAAGCCCUUCGCAGCCUGCAUGGCAUACACGAAUCGCAACAUGACACUCCCUGCUGGCGUCCACGGGAACUACACCUAUACACCAUUUCAACCAGCCAGCUCCUAUUCGAGCAAGAAUAGCACCAUUCCCGCGGGCCGAACCUACCAAGCAGAUAUUGAAGUGAUCAGUCCGUCUUUUGACUGCCAGAAUGCGACGAUCUCUUGGGAGCCAUCAAACGAGAGAUUUGUCACCGGCGACACAGCAGUAUACAGAACCGCCGACGGAUGUCGUUACCAAACGACUGACACACCCCUUGUGUUUCUGAAUACUGACUCUAAGAUUGGUGUCGAUGUUGAGAUCAGAGGAUGUCAAGGCCAAAGAAUCAACGACACUGGAAGCGCGGACCCCCCGUUUAUUAACGAUUGGGAUGCCGACUUGCGAAUCUGGGCAACCAUUGCCCCUUCUCCGAUGCUCAACAUGUCGGUGAAAGAACAAGCAAACUAUACAGGAUUCAGCCGAGAUCCAAUCCACAUCUCGGUGUGCAAACCCCGAUACACUGCACAACGAGGCCCGGUGAGGAUCUGGCGUGACGAUGGAGCGAGUGCAAAUUCUGUGGACAUUGAACCAGAGAGCCUGAAUGCUACAAGCACUAUCGCGGGUGUACAGGCUACAAAGCUGAUGUAUACUGCCCAAAAAUCUUUAUCAACAGGGGCUCUUAUGGUCUCAAGCACUGCGGGAGACCAGUAUGUUUUCGCAGCAAACGACACCUCACGAGAGAAACUUUGGACCGACACGGCCCUCUUUGAACGAACCAUCUCGGAUGGAUUCUCCUGUAUGAUGCAGCAAGUGGUAAAGAAUGAUCUGUUACAAGACAAGCCAUACCAUAUCGAUGGAACCGUGCAAUUUACGGAGGAUCGACUUUUUGUGCGCCAAAUGUCAUUCUGGCUAAUGGCGGUACUAUUGACCAUUCUCAUCACGAUCGUCGUGAUUCUUCUGUGCUUUUUUGUGCCAGUUGCUGUUUGCCCGCGAGAUACAGGGUCAAUUGGAGGCAUGGCUACCAUUCUUGCUCAAAGUCCCGAGUUCAUGGCCGGCUUUGAAGAUUCGCAAUUCCAGACAGAGCCGCAGAUGGCAGCGUCCAGAAUAAAACAGACACAGUAUAGCGCCGUGACCGACAUGAAAGGGAAAUUCACGAUCGUGCCACAGGAUCAGCCCGUACAAGAGGUCGGACCCAGUGAAAGCGAGAGCUCACCAACGUGGUGGCACCCGUUCGCAUCUACCUGGUUUAUUCGAAUUGCAGUGAUUCUCUUCCCCAUUGCUAUCAUCGUUAGUCUCGAAGUCGUCUACUAUAUUUCUACGAGUAGGCGUGGAAUUACCCUCGUUGACGGGAAAUCACCCUACAUUCACUAUAUCUGGGUGUACAUACCAGCGCUGGUAAUGUUCACAAAUCGCUGCCUCUUCACAUCUGUGGAGUUUGGCACGCGCAUUGUCCAACCGUACUCUACGCUCCGCAAGGGCUCUGCUCCUCCAGAAACGACGAUCUUCGAGAACCAGCUGCGGAAGAUCGCCGUGUAUGGGGUGUUUGAUACACUCCGAAAAAAGCAGUGGGCACUCGCUGCAGCCACCACAUCUCUGCUUCUUGCGGCAAUCAACCCCAUCGUUGUCUCCGGCCUCUUCACCACCAAGGUCUCGGGGCCUACAUCUCCUAUGAAUCUCACGCAGAUCACUCGUUGGGAUCUGGGAUAUCCUGACAACCCAAGAUUGACGAUGGACUACUAUGAGCAGAAAGACUACAACACCGACCACGCUUCCGGGCUAAUCCUCAACCUGAACCUCUCUGAUCCCCAAUGGACAUACCACAAUCUUGCUUUCCCGCAAUUUUCACUCGCCAGCACCAACCCACCGAAUGAAGGAUUUAUCGAUGUGCGCAUUCCUGCUCUCCGUAGCCACCUCGCUUGCGCAGAAGCCCCCAAGAAUGCCUGUAAAUAUUCCAGGGGAAGUUUGUGGUGUGAUAAUAACUCCACCUGCUUCUUACCACUUUCCACCAGGAUCACUGCCGAGAUAGACUACUUUCUCCAACCGUCAGAGCAAGCCACGAAGAAUACUGGACUGUCAGUAUGCCCGACGUAUGGGAUGCUAUAUGGAAAAUACGCCAACGCAAGCCACACAGAAGCCACCGAGUACCAUUACAUAUAUUGCAACGCGAGCUUGGAAGAGGUCGACGUUGAUACACGACUGCAGCUACCGUCUCUGUCAAUCGACACCGACUUCCCACCAAGGGUGAUCGAGAGCUCAGUCCGAGAACCGUUCGACACCAAUGCGUGGUCUCUCCCGCAUUUCAGCGAGCUGAGCAACGACUAUUUAUUCGACGGGGAUGAAAGGUACAACAAUGCCUUGCUAGAGACACUGAUCCAAGGCAAAGACGGCAUUCCAGGGGACGAACUCCUUGCCCCCGGAAAGCUGAUUGAGCGCAUGAAGGUAGUCUAUGGCACCAUCGUGGCCCAACUACUGAAUACCGGUGCGCGGAGCGAUUUUAGCGACUCGUACAACAAAACUCACUUUGUCGAGCCGGCAACCAUGAAAGCACCCACUUAUACAGGUGUCUUCCAAGACGGACGGAAAUACCUCGUACAGAAUGAGAUCUCGACCCGCAUUUUGGACGGUGUGCUUGGUGGUAUGGUUGUUUGCGCACUGAUCGCGCUGUGUGCUAUUCAGACGAAGCGAGUUCUUCCCAAGAGCCCGACUAGCAUUGCUUCAGUGGCGAGUUUCCUCUACGGUUCGCGUCUUCUGGGAUCUGUCAUUCCCCGCGGCGCAGAGUGGGAUUCUGACGCGACACUGAAGAAGCGGGGGAUAUUUGAGGGAUCGUUUUCAAUGGGAUGGUGGGAAGUGGACAGACAGACUAGUCGUAGGAACUCCGAUGUCUCUAGUAUCUCCGGUGUGUCGGAUGAGAUGCAUGAGCGUGGUGCGAUGGAAGAGUCAACAUCCCGGACUCGAUUUGGGAUUGAUGCUGAUCAUGAAGAUUGGCCGUUGCUGCGAAGUCCUCGAAGUUAA